AAGGCAGCACCGGUAGAUGAAAAUAAAACAUCGCUUUUUCUCUUUUCACUUUUUCUUCAAAUUGUGCACUUCAAACCAGCACCCGCGCAGUCUAUCCCACCGAGAACAUAGAGACUUUGAAACAGAUCGGAGGGUCUUGUGCGACAGAUCCGGGGUCGUGAAUGUUUGCGUGCAUUAUUCAGAGCGCGCUGCGCAUCACACAGCUAAUUAGGAUUUCAGUAUAAAUAAGGCCGCAGUCGGGACAGCUCGGCCUGUCCUGUCGCUGAUGUCGGAGAGCUACUAACGGUAUAGAGGUUAAAACCCGUUUAAAGAGCUGCAAGCUGCCAACAUGCACACACUCUGAGCCGCCUCACGGACGGGACUCUCCUCUGACCGGAACCACGGAGAUAUCCUGCACGUUUCACGCAUUUGCUCCAUGAACGCAGUGAAGAUUCACCGUGGAGGUCUGAUGCUUUUGGAGACUUUUUAAAUGGCACUCGGCCCGACCUAGACAAACUACCGCUACCUCUAUGGGACGGUGGUGGUUUCUUGAUUUUUGAUUUUAUACAUAUAUAUAUAUUUUUAUACUAAUAAGCCUUUCCAGACUCCAGAGCUCCAGCAAAGACACAGAUCUCUCUUCAACGCGUUGUUUUGGUUUCCGAUGGGGGGAAGGCGAAGUGUUUUUGGGGUUUGAUUUUCUCCUGUGGUGUCUGUGUGGAGCGUGCCACACACCCACUCCACAACAACGACGGCUUUUGCUUGCAUCUUCCAGUGUUUCUUCUGUCAGCAAGUCCAGCAGAGCUGCAACUCUUCCAGUGCCAGCCCUGACACCAACGAGGAGCCCUGCCCCACUGACAUGGUGAAGAUGACCAAGUCUAAGACCUUCCAGGCUUACCUGCCAUCCUGCCACCGCACCUACAGCUGCAUCCACUGCCGGGCACACCUGGCCAACCACGACGAGCUCAUCUCAAAGUCAUUUCAAGGCAGUCAAGGAAGAGCCUAUCUGUUUAAUUCAGUAGUGAAUGUCGGCUGCGGGCCAGCAGAGGAGCGGGUCCUCCUCACAGGUUUACAUGCUGUGGCUGAUAUCUACUGUGAAAACUGUAAAACCACCCUGGGUUGGAAAUAUGAGCACGCGUUUGAAAGCAGUCAAAAGUACAAAGAGGGAAAGUUCAUCAUCGAGCUGGCUCAUAUGAUCAAGGACAACGGAUGGGAGUGACACUCCGGCCGCUCUCUCUUUUUCUGACCUUGGAAUGCUCUUUAUUGAACAGCGUGGAGUCCCCUCCCCACACCUCCUUUACAAAAACCCUCCACGAACAUCCACCCCUCGCCUCCUCCACGUGCACACACCCACCUGCUCAUCGUGAAACUGAACAGAACAAAUGACAUUUAAAGAAAAAAAAAAAAAAACGGUGGCGAGGAAGUGAAGCAGCUGUUGAAAAACCACGUCACAGGAGUCCUGUCGUUACUUUAAAGAUUGUGUGUUCUCCUUUGCAGCUCCAGGGCUUUUGGGUUAGACCCCCCCAUCCCCCCCACCGAACCACGCUUACAAGUGAUUGUGGUGUUAUGGCGACCACUAUGCGAACGAAAUAGACUUCACUGAGAGGACAUUUCUUUGUUUUCUUUAUUUCGCCCAUCCAGCGAGACGAAUGACUUUGACGACUUUCGUUUAAUGUUAUUUGCUUUAGUUUUAACUUCUGGGUUUGGUAAGGUUUCGGUUUGAUGGCAGAUGGAUGUUACUGGUUAGCAUUUUAUUUCCCUGUCAAGUCUGUCAUGUUCUGUUUAUUUGUUUUUUUGGCUUGUUGUAUUUCUGCCCAUAGCUGAGCAUGUUUUUCUUUGCUAAUUUCCAAAUGAGCAAUCAGGGACGGGUGAGGAACGGAGGGGAAAGGGAGUUUAUCAUAGUUACAAAUAUGUAGCAGCAUCUCGCUUUUUUUUUAAGAAAAAAAAAAAAAAAGAAAAAUCAGUGGCAAUGGAUGGGAUUGCAGUAGUGUGGGAUUUUAAUUCCUGGUUAUUUUCUGUUUUUAUCCUUUUCCUUUUCAUGUGUAUUUUCUUUAUUUUCACCCCUUCUGGUACUUUUCAGCAUCCAAAAAGCAUUGAAAGCAGCACCUAGUAUUUGUUUGACAUAAAUAAAUUUAUAUACAUAUACGUAUAUAUACAUACACAUAUAAAUAUAUAGAUAUAUAAAUAUUUGUAGUGUUUGGCUAAAUGCGAUUGUGGCUGGUCCCAUUUUGCAGCAGUACCAUAAGUGAAAAAGACAUGAAAGGAGCAGAAAUAGUUUCUAGACUGGGGAACUGAAAUCAGUGUCCACAUGUCAUAAAACAUUAGGGCAGACUGUAUUAUUCCAUUGUCUAGUAAUGAAACAAUAAGAGACACAACUACACAUGAAUAUAUAUAUACACAUAGUAUGAUUACAUAUCCAUAAAUACUAUGAAAAUGUUCGUAGUACGUAGAUAUUGGAACAUGGAUUCUAUAUAUUUGCUGUCAUGCACAUAUGUAUAUAUGCAUAUGACUGUGUGUAUAUAUGCAUUGUGUGUGUGUGUGUGUGUGUGUGUGUGUGUGCUCACGCAUUACACAGUGGCAUACUUGAACAAUGCUACUUCGUUUGCACUUUGCAGAGGCCUUUGGUUCAUCUCAGUUUAGAGGCAAAAAGCUUGUUCGCUCUCGUCUGUUUUUUAAUGGCCUUCUCACAGAUGAACGACAGAUUGUUGAAGACGGAAAGAAAGUUUGAACUGGACGGUUUGAGGGUUUUAUUGUCUCUGUGAAGACUGUAGUGUGUUUAGCAGCUGUCUGUUAGAUACUUCUAGAUAAUUUGGUUUGAUUUUAUUGGAAUUAUACCGACAAAUUCAGCUUUUCCUCUUCAGUUUUUGAUCGAUUUUUUUGAACCCCCUUUGGAGAGAAAGUGUAGCUUCUGAUUCUUUGCUGCUAUCCGAGAAAUCCUGUCAUUUCUUCACGGUCUUGUAGGUCUUUUGCACUUUAUUGCUUAUCCGUCUCUCUUUCUCUCUUAGACGUUUGAAUUGUCUCUUUGUGGACGGCGUCUGUAAUUUGCCUCUAAGCCGUAUGAAUCUUGUGCCUCUUCAAAACAUGAACGGCCUCCCCUCUUUUUUUCUGUUGUGCAGUGCAUAACUCUGAAAACCGUCAUGUGAACCGAUGUGUCUUCCCCCCCUUCUGGUUCAAAGUGGCCCUCAAUUCUUCUCCAAAAAUCCUCAGAGCUCUUCCCUGUUUUGUUUUUGGGACAACAGAGACUUGGUAUAAAUACACGCAUAUAUUUUCUAUGUUAAGAUUUAGAGGUGCAAAAUCAGAUGGAUAUUCAGUAUAUUAUUUCUCAGAGUAAAGCAGAGAGGGCGAGGUUUGGAAUAUGCGGGAUGCCCAGGGCUUGUUGUUUGACUUUUUUUAUUGAAGGGAUAAAAAAAGAUGGCAGCAGGUGCAGGUGGGGCAGGGUGGAAUGAGAAAGAUUUAAAAAUCAACAGUGAUUGAUUACUUUGCCGGCAAGGUCAGUCAGAUCACACGACCUUUUAUCCUAAAAACGAUGACAAUGCAAACCCUUAAUAGAUAGCAGUGAUACCUACUUGAAAAUAUAAAGACAUAAACAGCUGAGAUAUUGGCCCGUGUUACAGUUUUUGUACAUAAAGUAACAUAUUUAAGGUUUUAUACGUAUUUCUACUGGGUUAGUUGUUUUACUUCCCCAACUUGAAGCACUUUUGUUCACUGUACCUCUGGCUGUGUGUGUCUGUGUGUGUGUGUGCGUGUGCGUGCAUGCAUGUGUAUCAGCCCACAUGCAUGCACACACACAAAAGUGAAUGUUUAGUUUAUUUUCCUCAGACAGUUUUAUUUCUCUUUUUUUCUCUUUUUAUUUGGUUUGGAAGUGUUUUUAUUUGUCCUGUUUUUUUUUUUUUUUUUCUUUCACACGUGUUCGGUUUCACUGACUCUCCCAGUGAUCUUUGAGGUCGAGAGCCAGGUUAGUUUGUUUGAAAGUGAUUUAUCCCGUUUUUUUUGUUUUUUUUUCCCUGUUAGCUUGUUUAUUUAGCUUGUGUGGUGAGAGCCCAUUAGAGGGCCAGUGUUUAGGUCUCUGCUGAGCCAUGUAGACGUUGAGGGCGAGCUGGAAUCUCCCACCAUGUCACAGGGAGAGCCUUUACCAAGACCCUUUCUCCACCACAGUCAGUGUCUCCUCCUGUAUAGAGGGAUUUCAGGUGAUGAAACACACCCAAUGGCAGCCAUAUUGGAGGUCCUUAACUGUGCUGUGAAUAUCUGAUUGUAUUUCUUGAGAUUUUUUUUGUGAGAAAAUUAACUGUUACUUCCCUGAUCUGUUUGAUUUUGAGUUUUUGAUAAUAGCUUGUCAGCUACCUGAGCUUAGUUUGCUACAUCCCAAUUCUGAGGCUGCAUACUCUGAGGUUUACAUUCAAAGACUCCAAACAGGUCAAACAAGACCUGCUGUAAUUUAAAGACUCCUUCAAAUGCAGCUGUCUUUUGCUUGAAUUUGUCGCACCCAAGGGGGGGUCAUAAUCUUCUGUACACCUGUUCUGACAUGGUUGUUAAGCUACUCGCCUGGCUGCAGUGAUGUUGAAAUGUACUUCAGGGUGUGUCAUCACGCUGCAACAUCACAGUUGAGGUGCAAAUGACUUGAAACCAGAGACGGCUUUGAAACUAACCUCUUCAGCCUGAUGUUCUGUCAGUGGUGCAUUCAAGCAGUCAUCAAUAGGUAGAGAAAUAUGGUCCUGUGGUAAUCAGUGCUGUCAAGCUACAUUUCAUGAACAUAUCACACAACUUAUCUGACUUUACUACUUGGUAUUCACCACUUUGUCAGCCAUUUCCUGAUGACAAACUUGAAAAACUACUGAGACUGAAAGUUUGAUCACAUCACAUGAUCUAUCUCAGCUAAUCAGUUGCCCAGUGACAGAACUGUAGGUGAUCAAAUUUUAGUUAUUUUCUGAGCACUGAGCACAUGAACAGAAAUGUGACCAUCUACAAUGACAACUUGAGUAACUGCUGAGGAAGAUUGUGUGAAGAUUGAAAGGUCCACAACAGCUACCAAAUGGACUUUGUGGUGUGAUUAUUUUAAUUUCCAACUGACUUUAGUAGUCAAGGAGCACCUGAAUGCACCAUUAGUUUUAUGUCCAUGAGGCCACACUGUCUCAUUUUGAGAGGACAUGCAGUAUCUGUCCUGCAUCCUUCAAAGUUUGCAACUCCUGAAUUGGGAUGCAGCUUUCAUCUGCUCAGCCAGCCUUCACUGUCCAAUAUAGCAAAUAAGAAGUUUUUCCAAACUCAUAGAGCAAUGAGAACGGCACUGGUAGCUAAUAUUGGAAAAAAAAGAUCUUACCAGACUAUACAUGGCUGCUUAAAUCAUUACUGAAUGGACCCACAGACGUCUGACCUUCCUUACUAACUGUUGAAUGCGCACAACCAGUUUCUCCAAAGGACCUCCAGGAUGGCACCAGUAGUGGUUGCUGGGAGCGGAGCACCUAUACUCUCCCUUCAAUCAGUCUAAGUUAAAACAACAAAAAGCAGUUGCCAGUGUCACCGCCGGUGUGUACCAAAUAAGAACCAGGUUCUAUCAAAUGCAUCAGUGUCAUGUGUCAGUGGGCAGGAAGGAAGCCAGGGAUCAUGUUGGAGUGUACCCUGAAGAUUCAACUGCUAUACCAAAAUUAAAGAGAAGAUAUCCUGUCACUUAUGACAUUGUCUUUCUGUAGAAUGUUAACCACGUCAAAGCAGCCUGGAUGAAAAAUGUAGAUAUUUGCUGCUGAAAUCUGUUUACUUUUUAUUGUUAUUUUGUUUUAUUGUGACACUGGCUACUGUCUUUUUGAACUCUGUUACUGUCUAAACGUACCUGAAAGGAUGUUGUUCAAAGGCAAGAUGGGUAUACAGGGGAAAAGACUGUACAAGUUCUUUUCUUAGGCCUGUCAAACUACAGUUUAAGGUCUAAAGCAUGUUGUAUUUAUAAUGGCUAUAUGUCGUGCCUGUUUUAUUAUUAUUUUUUCCCUAAAUUUAAAAACAAAAAUAUUAUGCUUUUUAUUUGUCUUCAUUGCUUUGCAUUCUGUCUUAGUAAAGCCAUGUCACAUGUCUGUUUUCACUCUAAUGUAAACUAUCAGAUAUCACAAUAAAUUUUCAAUGGCAUUACGUUGUG